AGCUGUCUAAGGUGUGCAGGAAACUGUGCCGAAAACCUGAGCCAGCUCUACUAUCGACCACAUAAAGAGAGAUCCCGAAAGCGUGUGUAGCAACUUCUAUAGGCGAGGUUCGAGUGGAAAAAGUGCGAUGACUUGGCUCACACUAUUGCUUCUAUUUUGUGUGUACUGUCAAGGCUUAUCUGAUGAUCCCAUCGCACAAAACAAAGCCAAGCGUGACGUGUUCCCUAUGUUGAAGCCACGGGCAAGCACGGCUGAUGAUCGAUGUAGGUCUGGACUCAAGGACAACGACAAAUGUGAGAUGGUAGGGUGGUGUCCUGGAGGCCGUGGCAGGUGCUGUCGGAACAAGUGCAUCUGCAAUGUACUACCAAGCCCAUGCGAAUCAUCCGCAAUGCGUGGGUCGGUGCCUCGACAAGGAGGGAUUUGCGCUCUUGAGUGCAUGAAGAAAUGCUACAAAACGUGCCAGAGUGAAAAUAAGACGCAUGACGAAUGCAUAGACAGUUGCGCAUCGCUAUGUUACAGUCAGUGUUGAACACAGUCAGUCCGAUGAACGCAGCAGCGAGAAAAAAUAACCUGGUCGUCGACUAUUCGUGCAAUAAAGAUUUGCGUUGAAGCGACACCAA